AUGUCGAAUACAAACUCUUCCUUCUGGGUACACAAAGAAGGUCACAGACCUGAAUUACUCUGUGGAAGUUCAGCUAGCUACACAGUUGUAAAUGGGCAUUUCAUAAUGCUUGUGUGUUCCACUAUUAUUUUGGGAGGAUUUUUGAAGACCCUUUUAAAGAAUUCUGAAGUCACUGUUUUGAUGAUUCUUUCUCUGUUAGGAUUUGUGAUAGGACAACUGGCUCACAAUUCUAUUGAGGUGCACAAAAUUGUCUACCCUCUUCUGAAAACACCAAGUUAUUCACUUUAUUGUUAUUUUUCACCUAUGAUUAUAUUUAUGGCUGCUUUGGAUGUGGACUUUUGUAUACUCAAGAAUGUGUUUUGGCAGGUCUUGCUAAUAGGAUUAGUUAGCUUUCUUAUGACAUUCAUCAUACUUGGAUAUGUGGUUCUGAAAUUCAAUAAAGAUUUGUGGGAUUUGCAGUCUUCCAUACUCUUUAGCAUGAUCGUUGGCAUGACAGAUCCUGUUCAUUCUGUGAAUUCACUGAAAACUAUUGGCGUUUCCAAAACGUAUACUGAUAUCAUAAGAGGAGAAUCAAUGAUCAUUUGUGGCUUCACAUCCAUUUGUUUUGGAGUUUUUCGGAGUGACUUUCUCCACAUUUCCAUGUUUACUGAGUUCCGUGUAAUCUUGGGCCUUUGCUUGGACAUCUUGGGAAGCAUAAUAUGUGGAUAUUCGUGUUCAAGAAUCAUUCAGUUUAUAUUGACUGACCUCUUUAGCAAUACACUUACUAGCGUCAUUCUUUGCAUUUCCAUGGUGUACAUGACUUUCUACAUUGGGGAAUCUUUUGGAAUGUCAGGAAUGAUUGCCUUAGUCACUGUAGGACUGAAUUUAGAUUCCUUAAGCUUUAAACCGAGGAUUGAGUUAACAAUUACUAAGUUCCUAAUAAUGUUUUCGUCUGUAUACCAACAGUUAAUAUAUACUUUCUUUGGCAUUGUAAUUGGAUGUGGAGAAACCAAGUAUUUAAGAUUUCACACUGUGGUUUUCAUGCUCAUCUUAUUUGCAACAGUGAAUUUUGUAAGGUUGCUUACUAUUGUAUUAGUGAGCCCUCUUCUGAUGCAUGCAAAUUAUGAAUAUAAUUGGAGAUGGGGAAUUGUUAUAGCAUGGUCUGGAAUUAAAGGAAUUUUUAGCUUACUCUUGGCUCCUGAUAUUCAUAAUCUGGCUGACCAAAAAGUAGAGUCACCGCAAUUGUUUAUAUUGUAUGUACAGGGAAUAUCACUAAUGACUAUGGGAAUAAAUUCAUACAUGAUGGCUCAUUCAGCCAGGACAUUAGGUUUGUGUGCUAUUUCCCUCCCAAGGCAAAUGGCCAUGCAAAAUGCCAUUAAGCACAUUCAGGAGAUAAUACAGAACACGAUAACGCUAUUCAAAACAGAAAAAAUUUUGACAAAUGUUAAUUGGACCUUAGUAGAAGAAAAAACAAAGAUUGAAUACAUAAUUCCUUCUGAUGCUUAUAAUGUUUCACAUGAUGAUAUAGAGGAGGAGUCCCUAACAGAAGAAGUUUUAAUAGAAGAAGCCAGAUUGCAUGUAGCUAUAAUACAAAUGAGUAGCUUUGAAAAACAAUGUAAUGAUGGAAUCCUCAGUGUAGAGGCAGCCCGGAUAUUAAUUAGUGCAACCAAAAGCUUUCGCCCCAUCCAAGGAAAAUUCAUGAGUAUUUAUGAUGUUUCAACUUAUGUAAGAGCUAGAAGUUGGCUUAUAAAGUUUAAAAACAUGUUAACUUCCUUGGAAUAUCAUAAAGAUAAGGCACUUUUUAUUCUAUAUGGGGAUAAUAAAUUUCUGCUUUUUGUAUGUCAUGUGGUAUUUUCAGAAGAAUUUGAAUAUGCAGGACAUAUUAUAACAGUAAUGUACAUUUAUCCUAUGAUAAUGCAUCUAUGGCCAAUGGCAAGAGAGUUAAAUGUGUCAGGACUUAUGUCAGUGAACAACUAUUUUGUCUUUUUAUACAUAUUUCAAUCAGCAAUGAAGAUAAUAAGUUUGAAAAGGAAGUAUUUUCAUCAAUAUUGGAAUACUUUGGAGUUUCUUAUCAUGCUUGUUGGAAUCAUUGAUAUCUUUUGUAUAUACUUUGUCAAAUUGAGACCAGACAACUUUGCUCUUAUUCAAAUGACAGUAAUACUAGGAUAUUUCAGAAUAAUUAGGUUUAUUCCUUUCAUCAAGUUAAUAAUACCACUGCUGAUAAAUAUUGUAGAUGUGCAGAUCAAAAAGCGCCUCCGCUUGAUGUAUAGUAUUACAAAAGGUUAUGUCAAAAGUCAAGAGGAUACCAAACUUCUAAUAAAACAAAUUUCCAGCCGAGAAUCAAUAUAUCAGAAAUUGUAUGAAAUUUUGGAAACCAACAAACGAGAUGCUGUCAAAGAACUAGGACUCAUAGAGCAUGAGGGUCGUGAUGUUGUCAUUGCUUUGAAGACUAGGCAGGCAAUCCGGAGUGUUAUUGCUAAAGCUCUGAAAAACCUCACCUUCCUUUGGUCAAGAGGCAUUAUUGAUAAACAUGAGGGCAUCGAGAUGAAUAAGGUAUUUCUUGCAAAAAUAAAAGCACUGAAUAACUUUCCAAUGGCAAUUCCACCACCUACUCCUGACAAAUAUCUUCAUAAUAUUGUUUGGCUAGAAAAUAAAGAUGUUCUCAUUGAGUUCUUCAAGGAGAGAGCCAAACUUGCCUAUUUUGAUUAUGGAGAUGUAAUUUGUAGAGAAGGUGAAAUGCCACAAGGAAUCUACUUAAUUAUUUCAGGAAUGGCAAUUUUGCAUAGUUCACCUCCUACCUUUGGAAUAGACAGUAGCCUAAGGUCUGAAAGAGGGUCCAAAUCCAUGUUUACAGAAUACUGUACCAGCGGGGACAUAAUUGGAGAGCUGAGCUGUCUGCUUAAGCGUGAAACUGAAUAUACAGCCAUCUGUGAAACUAUUUUACAGGCCUGCUUUAUCUCCCUGGAGGAUUUGUAUGAAGGUUUUGAUGUCUUCUGGCCAUCUUUGGAAUACAAAAUAUGGCUAAAGUUUGCACUCAGUGUUGCCUAUCAGUAUUUUGAAUCAAGUCUCAUUGAUGAGGACUUAGAGUUUCAGAAGUGUGUGACGUUCAAUCUGGCAUACGUGGAGACUUUAUCAAGCUAUAAUGAAAUGACUAUUGAUAAUGUGACCAUGAAAUUCGUCAUUAUUGUGUAUGGCAGUGUAAUUGAUACUAAGACAGAGGUACCAUAUCUUGCACCUUGCAUUUUGCCUAAAACCUGUGAGCAGAUUCAGGGAACUUCAGAUCUAAGCAAGCUGCUGGUUGUCCAAGCAUCUGAUCCUGCCAAAAAUACUGAUGACCCCAAAGUCAUGGGUCCCUCCCUUCACAUCCGUGUUGGCAGAGAGCAGCUCCCAUGUUGUACCCUGUUCCAGUCCUGGGAGGCUGAGGUCACAGAGUGCUGUUGGGGCCAGAGUGACAACGGGGAGGGCAUAGACUCUAACAGUGGGUCCAGGUUUGGAGAGCUGGUGUGCUCCCAACAACUGAAGGGAAUAUGGAACCUGACCCAUGCUCUUUGA